AAGGAUUAUAUAAACAGAUGCUCGAGAUGAAACACGUGCGUGAGAAUUUUCCGGCGAGAGUUUUCUCAUCUCUGACAUUCGCACGUUUAUCCGUAAGUGACUGUGAUAACGCUAUCAUAAAUGAGAACACUAUCGAACGUCGAACGAAUGAAACGUGUGAAAAAAGCCGGAAGUCUUCAAGGCUGGUCGCAUUUGUGUCGCCGCUCGCCACGAAAUGGCCUCGAUCCUUUAGAUUUGUUCUGUAUUUUUCGUAGUUUCUCCCAAGAGAGAUUUAAUCCGCGACUUUAGAUAGCGAAAUAUCUCGAUUUGUGCGCUAAUAAAAGGAAAAAUCGGGUAAAUCACCUGCCCUACCGGGUGACGACGACGACGACGACGAUGAUGACGAUGACGAUGACGAUGAUGAUGACGAUGACGAUGAUGAUGACGAUGAGGAGAGGGAGAAGAAGCGAGACGGAAGAGGAAGGGAAGCGCAAUAUAAGUAUCGUUACAACAUGUGAGAUAUAGAUUUCAAUGGAAUACGAGAAGAGAAGACGCGACUCGCGAAAUGACGGCUAUCAAAAAGGAUGAUGAUGCUGACGCUACCGAAAAAACGUCGCCGAAAAUGUCCGUCGCGAUGUCUCCGACUCUACAACAGAACUGAUUAUGGUUGGGACCUGGUGCAGAAGAACUUGGUGCUCAGCUCGUUCUUCUGGGGUUAUGUGGUAACGCAGGUGCCGAGCGGCUAUAUCGCUGGCAUCUGGAGCAGCCAGAAGCUCCUCAGCAUCGGGAUGUUGCUAUGCGGCGUCUUCAACAUCGUGACGCCAAUCGUCGCCAGCAAGUGGGGUCUGCCGGCCGUUCUGGUUUGCAGGGUAGGCAUGGGUCUUAUGCAGGCUUGCUUAUUACCUUGCAUGCAAACUCUUCUCUCCAAAUGGGCGCCACCCUCUGAGAGAGCACGACUAGGAACUUUUGCUUAUGCGGGCGCCCAAUUUGGAACGGUGAUCACUAUGCCAAUUUCUGGAUUUCUCGCUACAUCGAGCAUAGGUUGGCCCAGCAUCUUUUACCUAUUCGGUGCAUUAACGAUUCUCUGGAGUACAGUUUUCUUCUAUUUCGGGGCGGACUCACCUGCCGAACAUCGUAGUAUUUCUCAGAAAGAAAGGGAGUACAUAGAGGAAAGUUUGAGAACCACGGAAACGAAAGAUAAAAAUGGAAAUGAAUCCAAGCAGAAACGUAUACCAUGGAAGGAAAUAUUCACCUCGCUGCCCAUGUGGGCGCUUAUUAUAGCCCAUUGCAGUCAAAAUUGGGGAUAUUGGACUCUACUGACGGAAAUGCCUAACUACAUGACAGGCGUAAUGAAAAAUAUCGAGAAGAGCGGUUUAUUCUCGGCGUUGCCAUACUUGGUCAUGUGGAUCCUCAGCUUUCCCAUCAGCUGGCUGUCCGAUUACGCGCUAAAGAAGGGCAUGUCCAGGGGUACGGUCAGAAAGGUUUGCAAUAGUGUGGCUCAUUGGGGCCCGGCCGUCGCCCUGGCGUGUAUGAGCAUCGUACCCACCGACAAUACUUGGGCCGUCGUCAUCCUUACCGUGGCGGUGGGCCUGAACGCCGGAUCCCUAUGCGGCUAUCAAAUCAAUCAUAUCGAUCUCAGUCCGAAUUUCGCGGGCACGAUGAUGUCCAUCACCAAUUGCUUCGCGACCAUUACAGCCAUUAUCGCGCCGCUGAUAUGCAGUCUGAUUGUCACCGAUGAGAGCAAUGUGUAUCAAUGGAAUAUCGUGUUCUAUGUCUCGGCGGCGAUCUUCUUUUUGGGUAAUCUGAUAUUUGUGAUAUGCGGCAAGGGCGAAAUACAAUGGUGGAACGAUCCUGACGAAGUCAAAGCUCGACAAAAAGGGGACGGAGACAUAGAAGACAAGAGACAAACUUGAAAUUCAUACGUUUUUAUGAUUUUUCAAAUUUACCACUGGGACUAAUGUGUGACGUAAAUCAGUUUGUAAGUUGGAAAGACCAACUGAUUAUAUUAAUCAUAAGAACUGAUUUAUAUUAAUCUUUGUAAGUCACACAUAUUUUUUGCUCUGUUUCUGAUCACAUAUGGGUCAAAAUGUCUUGUCGCAGUUUUAAUUGUCUCAAAAUGUUUGAAAACAAUCUACAAAAAUUUAUAUAUAUAUAUAUUCCUUGACACAUCUGUAGAAAAUGAUCAUGUGUACAACAAAAGUUAAAAAAUAAAUUUUAAACAUUAUUUUAAUUACUUACUUAAUUAAUACUUACACGGGAUAUUCUAUUGUCAAAAUAUCAAUAAUGUCAAAAUGACCCCUGUGUGAUCUAUAAUAAGGAUUAGACUUGACUUUAAAUACGAAUCAUCUGAGAUCUCAGAAUUACGAUUACGAAGUCACUAUUUGUCGUCGUUAUAAGUGUUGCUGUACAUACAUAUUUUAUUAUUCCAUCAUGAAGUGUGAUGAUGAUCUUUCGACUCUUUGUACUGACGCGCUCGUUAUCUACAUUUUGCAUUUGAUAACGCUAUAAUCGUUAGUCAAAAUUUUGAGAUUAAAAUAGAUUUUUGAUCACGUCGUUAUAUAACAAUAAAUUUUUAUUUUCUGUUUAGGUCUGUUUCUUAGAUACCGCCAUAUGUAAUUUUAAACAUUGUAAAUGCACUUGUCCCAUGCAUAUUAAAUAAGAUAAAUUCUUCUUCAAAUCGGAUAAAAUUUUUUAUUACAAUGAAAAAAAUGUGUUGUAAAAGAAAAAUGUCUACAAAUUUGUUCACGAAACAGAUAUAUCUAUGUAUUGAUUGUAUAAGAAUGUUUGUCAUAAAAUACAAAUUUUGACCUCUAUUUAUAAUAUUAUAUAUAAUCAAAAACAAUCAAAAAGGCGGGCUUAUGGAGCAAUUAGCAAUCUAUGUGAUAAUACCUCGUAAAAUUAAAAUAGCGUGACAUAAACUUAUGAGUUGACGAAGAACUAGCAAUAUAAUAAUUUAGAAAUCGUGAUUAACGUAAAAUACAAUAAAAAAUACAUAUUAAAUAAUAAACUAUGAAUUAAAUACAAAGAUGUUGACCAAGUAAAAAAAACAAACGUUUCAGUCCUAAACUGGACUCUCUUCAGUAUUAUACAAUGAUAUAAAAUAAGUACGAUUGAUAAUCAAAAAGUAAUUUGCUUUUAAAAUAAUAGACAUAAGGGAUAACUAUAAUAAUUUAUCUUCGUUUCAAUUAUUUAAAUUUUAUUGACCAUAUUGACCCUCUUCCUUUAUCUCGCGUUUUUCACGAUUAAUAGAUAUAUAACGAUAAUUACAAUAGAGAUACAAUAUUAACUUCGCUUCGGGUACUUAUAAACGCGAAUCCUUAUCUAAUAAAAUGAAUACACCGCGAAUCGCAAACGUUUGCAUUAAAUGCGUUAUCUUUGUAGGACGAAAGACAAGAAAUCAUUUAUCGACGCGACGAUCUAUUCCGAUACUUACUUCUGGUAUAAAUAAAAGAGCGUAAUUAGGGCACAGUCGUAAUUGUUAUUAAAUCUUAAAUUAUCUUAUUCUCAACAAAUCUUGAAUUAUUUAGAAAAAGAGAAACGCAUUUACUUCAAGAUAAUUCAUAUUGAGCGAAUUCUUCAAUGAUAUAUACAGGGUAUCCUAAAACUACCGUACUUCCUCUUAAUGAUAGAUUCCUUAGAACAUUUCAAGACGAAAAUUUUAAUACAAAAAUGUCGAGGCUAUAAUAGUUUUUAAACAGGAAUCGAUUAUAUUUUAUGAAUGGCAAGGCUGAGAUUUCGCGCGCUCAGGCACUGCGAAAUAGUAGACACCUUCAUGGUAACAUUAAUCGACCACUUUGACAGUUGAAGUUGAAACAUGUCGCAAAUUUUUAUUUGAAUCAUUUUUGAGAUAUCUUUUUGCAUCCAUUAUUCGUAAAAAGAAUGUAUUAAUGCAAUGCGUAUUGUAAAUUUAUGCGAUAAUCAUAAUAUCAUAAAAAAGACGCUCCAUUCAUAGAAGCACUUUUUUCACUUGUCAUUUCGACGUGCCUGAGCACGCAAAAUCUCAGCCUUAUCAUUCGUAAAAUAUAAUCGCUUUCCGUUUAAAAACUAUUAUAGCCUCGACAUUUUUGUAUUAGGAUUUUUGUCUUGAAAUGUUCUAAGGAAUCUGCCAUUAAGAGGAAGUAUGGUAGUUUUAGGACACCCUGUAUAUUGUACAACAUGCCAACAUGUACAUAUAGUACUAUAAUAUGCAACCAAGUUAUAUCUUGU